AUGUACCAACACCACCGGCAUCACAUCAAGCUAUACCAACACCACCCAUCACAUCAAGCUAUAUGUACCAAUACCACCCAUCACAUCAAGCUACAUGUACCAACACCACCCAUCACAUCAAGCUAUAUGUACCAACACCACCCAUCACAUCAAGCUAUAUGUACCAAUACCACCCAUCACAUCAAGCUAUAUGUACCAACACCACCGGCAUCACAUCAAGCUAUACCAACACCACCCAUCACAUCAAGCUAUAUGUACCAAUACCACCCAUCACAUCAAGCUAUAUGUACCAACACCACCCAUCACAUCAAGCUAUAUGUACCAACACCACCGGCAUCACAUCAAGCUAUACCAACACCACCGGCAUCACAUCAAGCUAUAUGUACCAAUACCACCCAUCACAUCAAGCUAUAUGUACCAACACCACCGGCAUCACAUCAAGUGCUUAAUGAAAGGUCAAAGCACACAUACAGCGGCAUGAUAAGAUGGGAGCGAAAGAAGGGCGGCAGAUAA